AUGCCGUAUGUUGAAGAGUUCUCUUCUCAAACAAUAACUGAUUUUGGUUGCAGCUUGAUAACAAAGUUCUACCAGCACAUCCUCGCUUUGGUGUUUGCGAUCCAUGAGGUCAACAAGAAUCCCAAUAUCCUGCCAAAUGUCACCCUUGGGUUUCACAUUCAUGACUCCUAUAUAUAUCUGAAAUGGACUUACAGGACCACCCUGGACCUACUCUUCACAUCACUUGAACUUGUCCCAAACUACAAGUGUGGCACCCAGAAAAAAAUGAUCGGUGUCAUUGGGGGAUAUACUUCUGAAAUCUCAACAGAUAUAGCAACUCUCUUAAGUCGUUACAAGAUCCCACAGCUCCAUGCACUUCUUCGGAGAAUUGCUUUCAACAACAGUGCCGGAGACGAAGUGACCUUUAACGAACAUGGAGAAUUGAAUGGUGGAUUUGAUAUUACCAAUAUGGUCACUUUUCCAAAUGAGUCCUAUGUCAGAGUCAAGAUGGGGAGGCUGGAUCCUCAGGUUCCACUUAGUAAAAGAGUUACCAUCGACGAGGACAGAAUUCAGUGGAACAGACACCUCGCACAGCUGCCUCCCUUAUCUGUGUGUAAUGACAACUGCAAACCUGGUUUCAGCAAGAAAAAAAAGGAAGGGGAGCCUUUCUGCUGCUACGAUUGUGAUCCCUGUCCAGAAGGGAAAAUAUCAGACAAAGAGGACAUGGAUUCUUGCAUGACUUGCUCUGAAGGUCAUUAUCCAAACCUGAGACAAGUCCAAUGCAUUCCCAAGAUUCCAAAUUUCCUUUCCUUUUCCGAACCCUUGAGCAUGAUUUUGGCCUUUUUGGCUCUCUCCUUUUCUCUGAUCACAGCCCUGGUGCUCGCAAUCUUUGUCAAGUACAAGGAAACCCCAAUCGUUAAAGCCAACAACAGGAGCCUCACCUACUGUCUACUCAUCUCUCUCCUUCUCUGCUUCCUCUGCUCCUUGCUCUUCAUUGGAAGGCCCAACAAGGUGACCUGCCUCCUCCGACAAACGACUUUUGGCAUCAUCUUCUCAGUCGCUGUUUCUUCUGUCCUGGCAAAAACUGUCACGGUCGUGGUGGCAUUUAUGGCGUCUAAACCAGGAAGCAUUUUCCGAAGGUGGGUGGGGAAACAAUUGGCAUGGUCUAUUGUUAUCUUUUGCUUCUUUGUUCAAGUUGGCAUUUGUGCUGUUUGGCUGGGAUCUUCUCCUCCAUUUCCAGAUGUGGACAUGAAUUCACUCAAUAGAGAAAUGAUCGUGCAAUGCAAUGAAGGGUCAGCUACCAUGUUUUACUGUGUCUUGGGCUACAUGGGAUUUCUGGCCACCGUCUGCUUUAUUGUGGCUUUCCUAGCCAGAAAGUUGCCUGACAGUUUCAAUGAAGCCAAGUUCAUCACCUUCAGCAUGUUGGUCUUCUGCAGUGUUUGGCUGUCCUUCGUCCCCACCUACCUGAGCACUCAAGGAAGAGACACGGUGGCCGUGGAGAUCUUCUCCAUCUUCGCUUCCAGUGCUGGCUUACUAGGCUGUAUCUUUUUCCCCAAAUGCUAUGUCAUCAUUCUGAGGCCCGAGUGGAACAGAAGAGAGCAGCUGAUCAGGAAAAAACAUUAA